AUGACUUUGAAAGACAUCUACCAGCAGUUCCUUGACCUCCCGAAUCCCAUCAGCCUUUCCGAGGAUGCCUCUCUACAUUACAUCACAACACUGACCACAAUCUCACCAUCGGGGUCUAUUGUUGGACAUCUUGAGUCUCAAAACAAGAAAGUGGUGAAGGUUAGGAGUGCCAAAAUUGUCUCAGCGGUCGAGGGCAACGAUGCGCUUGCGGUCGAGGUAGAGACGGUUCUGGAAUUCAUCUCAGGUGGAGGAGCAUACUUGCCCGGUCUGGAAAACUUCGUCGUGGACAAGAUUGCUACGAUUCCAACGACUCAUAUAGUCUCUUUCGAUGCGGAGCGCAAGAUCACACAGAUACGGAUUUCCUGGGAUCAGGCCUCGCUAUUGAAACAGACCGAAGUGAUCGGGUCGAGGGGCAAGAAUUGGCCUAUCGUUGAUGGCAAGGAUCAGAUCAGACUUAUCCAUACCAGCUCCACGGCUGUGCCAGCACCAUCGUCCGAAUUACCGACCAGUCCGCACGGUCGGUCUGAAAACCAAAGUAUGGCUUCGUCUCGCAAUGUAUCCCCCAGCAAGAGGCGUAUCAGAGACCCUCACACCAGUCUGGAUCUUUUCUCUCCAACGACAGGCGACGAAAACCCACCGCUGGCAAACCCCAAUAGUGUGGCGCCGCGUGCCUCUGCUAGGCCGCCGCCCCGCGAAAUGAGCGAGCUUUUUGCAGCUGGUCAUGAAGAUAACGAGCCAGGGUCACCCAAGAAGGCCCCAAUUGGUCCCGUGAUUGCACCCAAAGGUGCCGGCAGCAAGAAGUUUGCACCUUCUCGCCUCUUCGCCGACGACCCAGACGAGCCGGCCGCCGUGGGCUACAAGUCUCAUCCGGCCAAGUACAACCAUUUCGACUUGGGCGAUGCGGAUGAAGACGACCCAAUGCAAUACCAGGAGGAAGUCGCCAAGCCCAAGUUGGCGGUACCGGUGCGGGCCAGGUCGGACAAACACCAGUCUCAAUGGGAUUUUUCAGACUUUUCCACUCCGGCAAAGGUGCCCCAGAAAGUGCGAGGCCAAGAUGUGGUCCAUUUCAGCCUCGACAGUGCCGAGAAUGACCUUGAGACUCCCGCAAAGCAAGCCGUCGGCAAGCCUCGUCGUGACAAUGAAACCCACUUUGAGCUCCAGGACGAUGGCAUUUCAGUUGAGCGACAUGUCGUCGCGAAGCCUCGAAAAGAUGCGGAGACGCAUUUUCAAUUGAAGGAUACAGCAACACCUGCACCGAAUCGAACAUCCGGCCGUCCGAUGAGCUCGGUCGGUGAUCGCAUGGGAUUGUACACCAACAACCUGUACGGUGAAGAGAGAGACAACAAACCUCAAGAAAAGGUGCCACUGUCGACCAUUACGAACAUUGCCAGUCGCAAGAAUGAUUUUGAUAGCCAUUGGACCAUGGCAGACGCUUCGACGGCCCCGGAGAAAGCCAACAAUGAGAACAAUCAUGUCGGUGACAACCGAAAAAAGGCCGUUCAGAUGAUGGAUGCGCAUUGGGACACUUAUGAUCAGUCUCCCGACCAAGUCGAGAAGGCCGCGACACAAAGUCGACAGAGGAAAGGGAUGGAGAGUCACUGGAGUUUAGGUGAGGAGGAGCAGUCGAAGCCCGAUGCCAAACCCGAACCUCAGAAAGGAUUCUGGGACUUUUGA